AUGGAUACUCCUCUUCUAUCCCCCGCAACAGAAACUUGUCGAACCUCUGAAACUUGUCGAACCGUGUUACCCUUGCCGCCCUCACAGGACCCAAACGAGACCAACUGGAUCGUCCCAGUCAACGCCAUCGAGCGACAGUACUGGAAGAAUCCGUCCAUCUACAGGGUCCCCGCCACCAUCACCAAACUCAACCCCAAUGCCUACCGGCCGCAGGUUGUCUCUUUCGGCCCCUACCACCACAACGCUGUCCAACUCCGUCCAAUGGAGGAACACAAGAACCGCGCACGCCGCCACUUCCUGAACCGGUCCCGGAAGACCCCCGAGCCCUUCCUUGAGUCCCUGAGGGAGGUGGCCCGGGACCUCGAGGAAAGCUAUGAUGCACUGGAUCCAAAGCGGCAGGAUGGCACAGGGGACCAUUUCCUGGAGCUCAUGAUCACAGACGGCUGCUUCAUGCUCGAGAUCAUGAGGAUCGCUGUAGCGGUAGAGGAGAAGAAGAAUGGCCUUGCGCCCAGUGACCCCUUCUUCAGCAAUGACUAUGCGCCCAAUGACCCCAUCUUCAGCACCCACAGGCUGGCAUACAUGACGCCGUACAUAAAACGGGACAUGCUGAUGUUGGAGAAUCAGUUGCCGAUGCUAGUGCUGGAACGUCUGGUUGCAGUCGAGAGAGAUGGCAAGGAGCGUGAGAGUUACAUCCACGAGCUCAUCCUCAAAUUCCACCACCUCAACACUUGCGUCAGUGGAACGGGCAGAUUCCUGCAUGUCAUGGACGUCUUCAGGAAAGGCCUGCUGACUCCCGAGAAGGACCAGAAUGGGCCUGAUGCUGGUGGCGACGAGACUAUCCGGUCGGCCACCGAGCUGGUCGAGGCCGGGAUCCAUUUCCAGGCGAGCGAUACUCCCAGUCUCAAGGACGUCUCCUUUGGCGGAGGGGUCCUGAGGCUCCCUGUCAUCAAGGUGGAUGACGCCACCGAGUCCAUGUUCCUCAACAUCAUGACCUUCGAGCGCUUGCACAUCGGGGCUGGGACCGAGGUCACAUCCUACGUCACCUUCAUGGACAGCAUCAUCAACAAUGAGGGGGAUGUCGCGCUGCUCCACACCCAUGGCAUCAUCCAGAGUGCCUUGGGGAGCGACAAGGCGGUCGCCGAGCUAUUCAACUCGCUGUGCAAGGAAGUGACGCUCGCAUCCAACAACAGCCUGGCCGCCGUGCAAAAGAAGAUCAGCACGUUCUGCGGGACACGCUGGCACAAGUGGAGGGCUUAUCUCACCCACACCCACUUCAAGAAUCCUUGGACUAUAUUUUCUCUCAUCGCCGCCAUCCUCCUCUUCGCAAUCGCCAUAAUUCAGACCGUAUAUGCUGUGCUCGCCUACUAUUGAACCCUCCCGUUGCCUCUGUAAUAAUAAUUUCUUUCUUCGAUUUUUUGGGUUUUUCCUAUAAUGGCUUAUGCACGAUAAUUAUCUGUUGAUUGGUUGUUGAUUAUUGUCAUGAAUAUGAUUUUCCUCCUGUUUUUGGUCGUGCUUAUUU